AACAUGGCGGCGGGAAGGGAGUGAGCCGCCCCGCGUCGCCGCUGCGCCCGCAGAUUUCUCCAUCUUGCUAAGGAGGAACAAUUCCCUUUUUGGCAUAGCUGAUGGUACCAUGCAAAAAUCAGAUCCUCGAAAAGAUGGAGAAGUUAAUGUACAGAGAAACUGACUUGUCAGAGGUCAGAGCAAGGUAUUGGUGGAUCCAGGGAUAAAUCCCAGACCUCUUAACUCCUUGGCCAGUUUUUAGUUCGUUGACUAUGCAGCCUAGUGUAAUAGACUGGAAUGAUGUUAGAAAACACAAAUAUGGUCACCUAUCAGAGUGUGCAUCCCGAUAUCAAGAAGCUACUGACAUCCUGGAGCUAGCAUCUAGUGCUUUUUGCAUGGCCCAAAGGGGCCCUGUGCUGCUCCACUACAGAGGAAACUUCAAGAAAUGCUGGUUUGCUACAGUGUUUUAGCUUGUGAGAGUCUCUGGGACCUUCCCUGCUCCACCAUGGGGUCACCUCUAGGUCAUUUUACCUGGGACAAAUACCUAAAAGAAACAUGUUCAGUCCCAGCGCCUGUCCAUUGCUUCAAGCAGUCCUACACACCUCCAAGCAACGAGUUCAAGAUCAGCAUGAAAUUGGAAGCACAGGACCCCAGGAACACCACAUCCACCUGUAUUGCCACAGUAGUUGGACUGACAGGUGCUCGCCUCCGCCUUCGCCUUGAUGGCAGCGACAACAAGAAUGACUUCUGGCGGCUAGUUGACUCCGCUGAAAUCCAGCCUAUUGGGAACUGUGAGAAGAAUGGGGGUAUGCUGCAGCCCCCUCUGGGAUUUCGGCUGAAUGCCUCCUCUUGGCCCAUGUUCCUUUUGAAGACGCUAAAUGGAGCAGAGAUGGCUCCCAUCAGGAUUUUCCACAAGGAACCACCAUCGCCUUCCCACAACUUCUUCAAAAUGGGAAUGAAGCUAGAAGCUGUGGACAGGAAGAACCCUCAUUUUAUUUGCCCAGCUACUAUUGGGGAGGUGCGGGGCUCAGAAGUGCUCGUCACUUUUGAUGGAUGGCGAGGGGCCUUUGACUACUGGUGCCGCUUCGACUCCCGGGACAUCUUCCCUGUGGGCUGGUGUUCCUUGACUGGAGAUAACCUGCAGCCACCUGGUACUAAAGUUAUGAUUCCAAAGAAUCCCUAUCCUGCAUCUGAUGUGAACACUGAGAAGCCCAGCAUCCACAGCAGCACCAAAACUGUCUUGGAGCAUCAACCAGGGCAGAGGGGGCGUAAACCAGGAAAGAAGCGGGGCCGGACGCCCAAGCCCCUAAUUCCCCAUCCCAUCUCUACCCCAUCCAAGUCAGCUGAACCUUUGAAAUUCCCAAAGAAGAGGGGUCCCAAACCUGGCAGUAAGAGGAAACCUCGGACUUUGAUGAACCCACCACCCACCUCACCAACAACCAGCACCCCUGAACCGGAUACCAGCACUGUACCCCAAGAUGCUGCCACCAUCCCCAGCUCAGCCAUGCAGGCCCCCACAGUUUGUGUUUACUUGAACAAGAACGGCAACACAGGCCCCCACCUGGAUAAGAAGAAGGUGCAGCAGCUCCCUGACCAUUUUGGGCCAGCCCGCGCCUCUGUGGUGUUGCAGCAGGCUGUCCAGGCUUGCAUCGACUGUGCUUAUCACCAGAAAACCGUCUUCAGCUUCCUCAAACAGGGCCACGGGGGUGAGGUUAUCUCAGCCGUGUUUGACCGGGAACAGCACACCCUCAACCUCCCAGCAGUCAACAGCAUCACCUACGUCCUCCGCUUCCUGGAGAAACUCUGCCACAACCUUCACAGUGACAAUCUGUUUGGCAACCAGCCCUUCACACAGACUCACUUGUCACUCACCACCACAGAGUACAGCCACAGCCACGACAGGUACCUACCAGGUGAAACCUUUGUCCUGGGGAAUAGUCUGGCCCGGUCCUUGGAGCCACACUCAGACUCAAUGGACUCCGCCUUGAAUCCCACCAACCUUGUCAGCACCUCCCAAAAUCUUCGAACCCCUGGGUACCGGACUCUGCUUCCAUCCUGUGGCCUCCCACUGAGCACGGCCUCAGCUGUGCACAGGCUGUGCUCCAGGGGAGUACGUGCAGCAUGGAAAGGACAGACGACUGAAGACUGGAGUCCUGGGGACCAGCAGUGUCAGGAGCUGGGAGCAGGAAGAGGAUCCCGCCAGGGAAACAAAGGAAUAGUCAAAUGGUCGGACCGAUACCUGGAAAGCCGGGAUGCCUCUCGACUGAGUGGCCGGGACCCCUCGUCAUGGACAGUCGAGGACGUGAUGCAGUUUGUCCGGGAAGCUGAUCCUCAGCUGGGACCCCAUGCUGACCUCUUUCGCAAACAUGAGAUCGACGGCAAGGCCCUGCUUCUGCUGCGCAGCGACGUGAUGAUGAAGUACAUGGGUCUGAAGCUGGGGCCCGCACUCAAGCUCUCCUACCACAUUGACCGGCUGAAACAGGGCAAGUUCUGAAGCAGGGAGACGCAGCUAGACAGCUGAGGGGCCAAGCAGAUGAGGGCGUUCUUCUCCCAGGAAGGAGGGGGCACUUGCUGGUGCCUCAGUGGGGUUCAGGGCCACCUCAGGACUCCAGGAGGCUGUGUGGAGCCACCACUGCUGCCCUCUCUUGCCAUGAUGUGUCCUUCCAUGAAGGACUGAGGGGGGAAUGUGGGGCCCAGGGCUGGUGCUGCUCUUCCCCUCAGCCCUGCCUCAGCUCUGAGCUCUCCCUGUAUUUAUUUCUCGAGCUGGCCGGCCUCUCACCAGGGCUUUAGACUAAACACCUUCCAAGUGACGGAGGAAGGGGCCAACCCCUGAGGCCUCGGAAGAUGGGGCCUGAGUUGAUAUCUGUGCCCAGUCCCCUUACCACCUGCUGGGCCUGAUAUAGCACCCCAUUACCCCACAACUCCUGCCUUCUCACAAGAUCCCCAGAGUCCAAACUCAUGGUGCAAACCUCUACCUUUUUUAAAACAAGACCUUUUCUUAUUGUUAAUUUAUUGUUUCUGACACUUGGGCAAACCCUCCAGCUCAUACUUCUCAAGCUCCAGACAUUGAGUUUCAGAAGGAGAGAGACUGCCCUGCUCUGGUCCCAGAGAGGCAUGGCCCCUUUCCAGAGGAUGUUACUCUAGGGCACUUCUCUUUGGGAUGGACAGACCUAUAAAGCCUUGACCACGUCACUCAGCAUAGGGGGAGAGAGGGUCCCGGUCCCCUUCCCCUCUCUUCCUCUACUGGGCCCCUUGCAGCCCUGGCCUCAUCUGUGGGAAUGGGAGUCCCCUGCCCCACGCUGUUCCCCACCACAGCUCCUUGCCCUGGCCAGAACUGCUGUGGAAGACGUUUGUGCCCAACAGUUUUAAGCCAAGAAGGCCCCAAGGUGGAUGGGAGGGGAGGGUCUCCAGGCCAGCGUCUGGUUACACUCACCCCACUGUCCAUAUGCUUCCUUUCUAAGCAAGUCAGCAGCACAGCUGCCCCCGCUGCCAUCUGGACUUAUUUUAUGUCGAUUUGUUUAUAAAUAAAAAACAAUAUAGAUGCCAAUGUCUUUUCAGUCAGCCAACAGCCAAAUCACUGCGCCUCCAAAGGGCAGGUUGGUCCCCUUCUCUCAGUCUUGGUUUCCUCGUAUACAAAAUGAGGAGCUUGGACAAGACGAUCCCCCAGAGGCUCCUGCAGAGGCUAGCCUGCAUCGUACGUCUCCCACCAGCAGGGGCCAGGUACUCAAGUCCAGGGCCACGUGUCCCUGUUUCUAACGGGGUCACAGAAGGAGGUGAGGGGCAGCAGCACAGUGCGCUAUAACAUUUACAUCCCUUACCGUGCGCCCCACAA